UCGUCUGUAGCUGUUUAUCCAUUUCUAACUUUAUAUCGUUGUUGAAUGAGUACGUGAGUGCUUCUGCACUGUGUCGCUGUCAGGGAUUUAUCUGUCGCUCGCUGGAUACUUGUGGUCACGUAUUUUUAUCGUCCGCACUCCAGCGGGAAGCGGGUUGCGGUUCAGCAGCGUUAGCAAUUAGCUACAAGCUAACGUUCAGAGUUAUUGAGUGUUCGGUGCGAUCGCCGGCAUGAGUUAUGAAUACGGCGGCGGGCGUGGAAGGAGAGGAAGAAGAGGAGGAGGUCGUGGAGGAGGUCGUGGGUACAGAGAUGGAAGCAGAGAGAGGUGGGAUAGAGGAGGUGGUGGUGGAGGAGGAGGAGGAGGUCCAAGGGGCAGCGGUUCCGACUUCGACCAGGACCGAGGAGGAGGACCGCGGGACCGUCCUCCUCCACAUCUCAAGGGUCGAGAGAUCGGCUUGUGGUACGCCAGAUAUGGAGUUGUCAGGAGGAAACAAGCCGACAGGAGAGCGCGGGCAGUCGUCCAGAUGGAUGAGGCCAGAGAGCAGCACAUUGCUAAGCUGCUUUCCUCUGUCCAAAACGACCAGCCUGGUCCACAGAGAGACAGCAGGGAGGGAAGAGCUUCGACGUCUGACAACUGGCAGACAGCUGCCAGCAGUAGUGGCCACUGUUACUUUGAUGGGGACAUGCCUGAAGAGGAUAAAAGAGAAAAUGAGAUCAAUUCUGAAGAUGAGGAUGAACUUGACCAAGAUAGGAAGAAAAGUUCUCAAACAUCAAAAAGAUCCCUCUCUGCAGCAGCAGGUAAAGAUGAGCCUCCAGAUCAGUGGGAUGAAGAAGAACUGCAAGACAAAGAGAAACCGCAGCCGGAGAGGAUGGAUAGGGACGUGGAGUUUUUAUUUCAUAAAGUAGUCAGAGACAAGUCACUGGAUGAAUACUUGAAGAUCGAUCUGCAAAACCGGAACAAGAACAAUGACAUGCUGAAAUUCAGGGAGAAGCUGCCAUCGUAUUCUAAAAAAGAGGAGCUGGUGGAGAUGAUCAAUGCUAACCGUGUCCUGGUGGUGAGCGGUGAGACCGGAUGUGGAAAAACCACUCAGGUCACUCAGUUCAUCCUGGACGACCACAUAAACCGAGGCAUCGGCUCCACGUGCCGGGUGGUCUGCACGCAGCCGCGUCGCAUCAGCGCCAUCUCUGUAGCAGAGCGUGUAGCAGCGGAGAGGGCAGAAAGUGUUGGAAACGCAAACUCUUGCGGUUACCAAAUCCGCCUACAGAGCCGGUUACCACGGAGACAAGGUUCAAUCCUGUACUGCACAACAGGCAUCAUCCUUCAGUGGCUUCGCUCAGACCGGUUGUUGUCCAGCAUCAGUCAUUUAGUGUUGGACGAAAUCCACGAGAGGAAUCUGCAGUCAGAUGUUUUGCUCGUCAUUGUGAAGGACUUGCUCAGCCUUCGGGACGAUCUCAAGGUCAUCCUCAUGAGUGCGACUCUCAACGCGGAGAAGUUUUCCAAAUAUUUCGGCAACUGUCCAAUGAUUCACAUCCCUGGUCUGACGUUCCCGGUAGAAGAGUUCCUACUGGAGGACAUUGUAGAGAUGACCAGAUAUUCCCCCCAGAAUAAGGACCGCCGUUCCUCGUGGAAGAGAGGAUUUUGGCAAGGGCGCCAAUCCCGACCCGAGAAGGAGGAGAAAGAGGCCGAAUAUAAAGAGAGCUGGCCUUGUUAUGCGCGCUCACUGCAGGGAAGAUACUCCGACAGCACCAUUCAAACUCUGGAGAUGUUGGACGGUGAUGACAAGAUUGACCUGGAGCUGAUUCUUGCUCUGAUUCGUCACAUUGUGCUCAAGGAAGAGGAAGGAGCGAUCUUGGUUUUCCUCCCCGGCUGGGACAACAUCAGCUCUCUGAACGACCUGCUCAUGGCUCAGCAGAUGUUCAGAUCAGAUCGAUUUAUCAUCAUCCCUUUGCACUCCCUCAUGCCGACUGUAAACCAGACGCAGGUGUUCCAGAGGCCUCCUCCUGGAGUCCGGAAGAUUGUGAUUGCUACCAAUAUAGCUGAGACCAGCAUCACCAUCGACGACGUUGUCUAUGUGAUAGAUGGAGGCAAGAUCAAGGAGACCCACUUCGACACCAACAACAACAUCAGCACCAUGGCGGCGGAAUGGGUGAGCCUGGCCAACGCCAAGCAGAGGAAAGGGCGGGCUGGCAGAGUGCGCCCCGGGAAGUGCUAUCAUCUGUACAACGGUCUCAGGGCCAGCUUGUUGGACGCCUAUCAGUUGCCUGAAAUCAUGAGAACGCCGCUGGAGGAGCUCUGCCUGCAGAUUAAGAUAUUGAAGCUCGGAUCGAUUGGCCGAUUCCUGGAAAAAGCCCUGGACCCUCCGACGACACAGGCGGUCAACCUGGCCAUCAAAAACCUCAAUGACCUGAACGCCCUGGACGACGAAGAGAACCUGACGGCUUUGGGUUUCCACCUGGCCCGUCUGCCCGUGGAGCCUCACAUCGGGAAGCUCAUCCUGUUCGGCGCUCUGCUGGGCUGCCUCGACCCCGUUCUCACCAUCGCCGCGUCUCUCAGCUUCAAAGAUCCUUUCUUCAUACCUCUGGGUAAAGAGAAGAUGGCAGACAUGAGAAGGAAGACUCUGUCCCGAAACUCAAAGAGCGACCACCUCACUAUCGUCAACGCCUUCCAGGGAUGGGAGGAUGCCAAGUAUCGUGGCAGCAGGUACGAGAGGGAGUUCUGCUGGGACAACUUCCUGUCUGCCAACACUCUCCAGAUGCUGCACAACAUGAAGGGCCAGUUUGCCGAACACCUCAUGAACACUGGAUUUGUUAGUAGCAAGAAUCCCAAAGACCCCAAAUCGAAUGUCAACUCGGACAACGAGAAGUUAAUCAAGGCGGUGAUCGUGGCCGGCCUGUACCCCAAGGUGGCCAUGAUCAGGCCGUCUCACAGCAAGAAGAGGCCGGGGGUGAAGGUGUACACGCAGGCCGACGGAAAGGUGUGCAUCCACCCCAAAUCCGUCAACUCCGAAGAGACGGACUUCAACUACACGUGGCUCAUUUACCACCUGAAGAUGAAAACGAGCAGCAUCUUCCUGUACGACUGCACCGAAGUGUCCCCAUUCUCGCUGCUGUUCUUCGGCGGAGACAUCACCAUCCAGAAAGACGAGGACCAGGACACCAUCGCGGUGGACAAGUGGAUCGUCUUCAGGUCUCCAGCUAACAUCGCCCACCUCGUCAAGAGUUUAAAGAAAGAGCUGCACAACCUGCUGCAGGAGAAGAUCUGUAACCCGGCCCCCGUGGACUGGCAGAACCGUCAGUCCAAAGACUGCGCCGUCAUCACGGCCAUCAUAGACCUCAUCACGACGCAGGAGAAGCAGUCGGGAGGCGGUCAGGGCUACGGCAGGACGUGGGCGCCCGCUCCCAGAGGAUCACACCUGCACUUCGAUGACGACGACGACGAUUAGCGAGGGGGUCAGGGAUUGAGAUGGCUGUGAAGAUAAGGCUGUGGAGAUCACGGGUCGGUGGACAUAUCCCUGAUAAGCAGCUGACCUUCUGGAUGAAACCUCGUCGUUCUCUGAACACAACAGGCCCAUUGUUCCAUAACUUAAUUCUCAGCGACACUUCAUUUAUAUUAGAUUUACUACAUGUAAUCUGAUUUGUUUCAUCCUGUCUUCUUACGGUUUACUUUAACUUAGAUGUCAUGAAAUUUAAGAGGAGAAAGAAAAAGGGGAGGAAAAAAAAAGUUUGUAUUGACAUUAUUUGAGAUGCAGCUGCGUUUUGCAACUCCACCAGAGCUUCCAUGUUCAUUAAGUUUGUGACGGGUCACACUCUUGUUUCCGAGCAGUGCCACUUAACAGCUUGAACAAUAAAAAAAUGAAGAUGCGCCGUCACCUUGCUGGGCUUCAUUUGCUUGAUGAGGCUGAGAAAUCAGCAUUCCUGCAUGUUUCGAUUUAAUUCGCUCCGAAUGUCC